AUGAUGAACGCGCCACAACAACAGGGGGUUGCCAACCCCAUCGACUCUUCAAUGGUGGGCAGUGAAGGAAGUCUUUUGGCGGAGUCCCGAAAAUAUUCUGUAGUCAAUCCGCGAACGUCAAUGGAUGGAGGACAGAUGUCGAAAACAAAAGACAUUGGCUGCUGCAGUUACAUGCUUCUCGGUCUCUCCUACUUUCUCAUCCUAAUUACCUUCCCCAUCUCCAUAUUCUUCUGCAUCAGAGUGAUUGCGGAAUACGAACGGGCUGUGCUAUUUAGAUUGGGACGAAUUCUACCCGAUGGGGCCAAAGGUCCUGGCCUCUUCUUCACCGUACCCUGUCUCGAUAUGAUUCGAAAGGUCGAUCUUCGAACUGUGACCUUUGAUGUCCCCCCUCAGGAGGUAAGAGAAUUUAGUCAAUAA